AGUCUACCGGGGUUUGGCCGUACAACGCGAAGAUGAAGGAAAUGCACCGCGUGGCUGGUCGCGAAGCUGAGGUACUCAAAGGGAAGCGUGUCGUUGCAGAAGGGGAGGUCAUUAAACUCAAGGAGCAAUUCAACAAACUGCCUUCGGAGGAGUCCGUGAAGCGGCGUGAGGGUGGGGGAACGAACUUGAAAACAAGGUUGGAGGCGGUUGCUAACCGGUCUGGAAGGAAAGGCUUGAAAGUCAGUCCUCGAAGAGACGUGGGAGGUAGCGCAGAGGCGUCGGGGAAUGUCAACGAACGUUUCCACUUCAUUGAAGCGCAGAAGAAGGAUUUGAUAAAUUACAAGAAGUCGGGAUUGGAAAUGAUUUAUCAUGAAGCUGGUCUCAAACUUCGGGCUGUUGACUUAAUAAUUGUUGACAUUGCUGAGUACAGGGCUGAUAAAGCUUUAGGUAAGGAAACGAACGGUAGCAAGGACAAUGUGAGUGACGAACCGGUUCACGAAGUGUCGGACGACUCUCCUGCAGAUGAAGAAGCCUCCGUAUCGGAGGAUGGAAGAUCUGUCGAACUCUAGGAGCGGUUCCCGAACGGGAGUUACUGUGGAAAUAGGCGUCUUAUUGUAGG